GACAGAUCCACGACAACACACAACAUGAAGCUGCUCGUUCUCGCCGCCGUGCUGGCCGUGGCCGCCGCCGCCCCCAGCCGCAGCUACGCUGCCCCCACGUACGCCCCCAAGGUGUACCAGAUCCUGAAGCAGGAGGCAGAGCUCCGCGACGACCAGUCCUACGACUCUCAUUUUGAGACAGAGAACGGCAUCUACGCCUCCGAGUCGGGCAGGCCGGUGGAGGGAUACGGCGAUGACGAGGAGAGCUACGACGUCAACGGCCAGUUCAGCUACACCGGUGACGACGGUGUCGUCUACAAGGUGGUCUACGUGGCCAACGGGAACGGCUUCCAGCCGCAGGGCGCCCACCUGCCCACCCCGGUGCCCACCGAGUACCCGACCCCGGAGGCGUCUGAUGAUGAUGACGAUGAGGAGGAGGAGCGUUACGAGGCUCCUGAGGAGGAGGACGAUGAUGACGAAGCUCCCGCCGGCUACUACCAGCCCCAGUAUGAGCGCGUCAUCGUCGGCUACAGGCCCCGUUACCAGUAGAUUCAUACGUCCGACACAUGACAGACACAUGUGUGACAUACGUCUGGCUUUUACGUGAUGUGAUACAACGAUGACCACGGUAAUUGAUACAUGUUUUCGUCACUGUGCAUACAAUGCUAUUUAUUUGUUUGUGUUGUGCUAUUUAUUCGUGUCCAUAAGCUGAAUACAAAACAGCA